AAACCCAAUAAUAACCAUGUGAGCCAUUCGAGGAUGCUAUGUUUAUGUGACUGCAUGUAUCUCAACGCAAAGGUGGAUGCCUACAUGACAGGGAAUCUGCAUCCUCAUCCUCCUCCUCCUCCUCCUCCUCCUCCUCCUCAUUAUCAUCAUCAGCGCUAACAUUACACUCCUGUUCUUGGCCUAUAAUGAGAAACACCCAGGGAGGAGAAGCUGCAGUGAUCUUGGAGUAAAGGAUCAACCGUAGUCAUGCACAACCCUGCACCUGAAAUCGUGGCCGGGCACACGGGUGGAUGUGUGCAGGACAAAAACGCCAAUCCGGAGACGACCCUGGGCAGUGCCUACUCCCCCGUGGACUACAUGAGCAUCACCAGCUUCCCCAGGCUGCCGGAGGACGACGCCACGUCUGGGGAGAACACUCUGAAGAUACGCAAAGAGGACGACCACGUCCUGAGUGAGCAGGAUACAGACCCGGAUAUGUUUCUGAAGUCGGCUCGCCUCCAGCGUCUCCCCUCCUCAGCCUCGGACCUGGCCAGCCACGACAUCGCGUCCCUGCGAGAGACCUCCAAAGACCCCUUCACAGAAGACUGUGCCUGUCAGCGAGAUGGACUGACGGUCAUCAUCACAGCUUGUCUCACCUUCGCCACAGGAGUCACAAUAGCUCUCAUCAUGCAGAUCUACUUCGGACACCCCCAGAUCUUUAACCAAGGGGCAGUGGUGACAGAUGUGGCCCAGUGUACGUCUCUUGGCUUUGACGUUCUGGGGAAACAGGGGUCCAGUGUGGACGCCGCCAUCACUGCUGCCCUCUGUUUGGGAAUCGUCCACCCUCACACUUCUGGUAUCGGAGGCGGUGGCGUUAUGUUGGUGCACAACAUCCGUAAGAACGAGACGAGGGUCAUCGACUUCAGAGAGACGGCACCGUCUGCCAUCCACGAGGAGAUGCUGCGGACGAAACUCGAUCUGAAUCCUGGUCUGCUGGUGGGAGUACCGGGCAUGCUCAGUGGGAUGCACCAGGCACACCAGCUCUAUGGCAGAAUGCUGUGGAAGGAUGUGGUUACCAUGGCAGCAGAAGUGGCCAGAAAUGGAUUUAAUGUCACCCAUGACCUAGCUGAAGCACUGGAUAAGGUGAAGGACCAAAACGUGUCGGAUGCUUUCAGGGAUUUGUUCCUUCCCAACGGUCAGGCUCCUCUGUCCGGGCUGCUCACCAGGCGGCUCGAUUUAGCAGCCAUCUUGGACGCUGUCGCAGUUAAGGGGAUGUCUGAGUUCUACAGUGGAAACCUGACGCAGGAAAUGGCAGCAGCAGUGCAAGCGAGAGGCGGAGUGCUCGCAGAGGAGGACUUUGCAAACUACAGCACAGUGAUCCAGGAGCCAGCGGAGAUCAUCUAUCAAGGACACCAUGUGAUGGCGGCCCCGGCCCCACACGCGGGUAUUGCCUUGAUCGCCGCUCUCAACAUCCUGGAAGGCUACAACAUAACCAGCCAGGUGCCCAGAAACACCACCUACCACUGGAUAGCAGAGGCGCUAAAGAUAGCUCUUGCCCUUGCUAGUGGACUGGGAGACCCCAUGUAUGACACUACUAUCUCAGAGGUUGUCGCCAAGAUGCUGAGUAAAUCACAGGCCUCCCUACUCCGCCAGAUGAUCAGUGACUCUCAGGCUUUCCCUGUCGGCCAUUACGCUUCAUCUUUUACCUUGGAGACGGGUGCAGCUGCUGCCCAAGUCAUGGUCAUGGGCCCGGAUGACCACAUCGUGUCAGUCAUGAGCUCUCUAAACAAACCGUUUGGCAGCGGGAUAGUGACUCCUUCAGGAAUCCUCUUGAAUAGUCAGAUCCUGGAUUUCUCCUGGACUAACAAAACACAGGGCUCAUCUCCUAACCCGCAUAACAGCCUCCAGCCUGGGAAGAGGCCCAUGUCCUUCCUGAUGCCCACAGCAGUGAGGCCCGCCGUGGGGUUGUGUGGCACUUACGUAGCCGUUGGAUCUUCCGAUGGAGAGAAAGCUCUCAGUGGCAUCACACAGGUGCUGAUGAACGUUCUGUCCUCGCGUAAGAACAUGAGCGACAGCUUAGCAUACGGAAGACUCCACCCGCAUCUGCAGCCCAACACCCUCCUGGUGGACUCUGAGUUUCCAGACGAAGGCGUGGAGCUGCUGCAGGCCAAAGGUCACAAGGUGGAGAGGAGAGAUAUUCUCUCACUGGUGGAGGGAACCCGGAGAACCAACGACCUCAUCAUAGGGGUGAAAGACCCCCGCAGUGCCGAUGCCUCCGCCCUCACUAUGUCCAACAUGCCCUAGUGCACAACCCUCCCCCCCUCCCUUUCCCCCAUAAUCACACAUAAUUAAGCAGCGGUAAGACAAACACUGUAUGAUUGAUGGUUAGUCGGUAAGGAGGCUGCUCAACACCUAGCACACUAAACAUAAGUUGAUCAAGUCGACGUGUAGG